GCGGCGGCAGCAGCGGCAGUGGCGCAGGCGGUGGCGGCGGCAGCAGCAGCAGCAGAGGUAGUGGCGGCGUUAGCGGGGGCGGCGGCGGCAGCAGCAGCAGCGGCUUCCCGGGAUUGAGGCAGUGGCCGAGGAGGAGGGGGCGGCGGCGGCUUCCCGGGAUUGAGGCAGUGACGGAGGAGGUGGUGGCGGUGGCAGCAGUAGCAGCAACAGCGGUGGCAGCGGGGGCCACAGAGGCGGCUUCCCAGGACUGAGACAGUGACUGAGGAGACAGCGGCGGACCGGAGCGGCCCGGUCCCUGCCCCUUGCUUGUAGGCUGUGGUGGGGCCCGUGUGGGGCCUGCCCGGCUCCCGCCCCCUGCGGCGUCCCCACCGGCUCCUCCUCCUCCCCAGGGCGGGGGGCUACGCAGGAGGCCCGGCCCGGCCUGAGCUCAGGCCGCUUCUGCUGCCGCAGCCGCAACCACCCCCCUCCCCUGCAGCCCCCACCUCUGCCACCACGGAGGAGGAACAGCAACAGCAGCAGCAGCAGCCGCCCUUGCAGCAGCAGCAGCAGCCUCCGCAGCAGCCCCCACCGUCCAUGGGCGGCCUAGCUACCGGCAUGGACAUGGAGCCAGGGCUGCCGGUUGAGGUGCGCGGCUCCAGCGGGGCCUUCUACAAGGGGUUUGUGAAGGAUGUCCACGAGGACUCAGUCACCAUCUUCUUUGAAAACAACUGGCAGGGUGAGAGGCAGAUUCCCUUUGGGGAUGUUAGGCUACCACCCCCCGCUGACUACAGCAAGGAGAUCACAGAAGGGGAUGAGGUGGAGGUUUAUUCCCGAGCCAACGAGCAGGAGCCUUGUGGUUGGUGGCUGGCAAAGGUUCGGAUGAUGAAGGGAGAUUUCUAUGUCAUAGAGUAUGCAGCUUGUGAUGCCACCCACAAUGAGAUUGUGACCCUGGAGCGGCUCCGACCUGUCAAUCCCAGUCCUCUGGCUACCAGAGGCAGUUUUUUCAAGGUUACCAUGGCUGUUCCUGAGGAUCUGAGAGAAGCCUGCUCCAAUGAGGAUGUUCAUAAAGAGUUCAAGAAGGCUUUAGGAGCCAACUGCAUCUUCCUAAACAUCACUAACAGUGAGAUCUUUAUUCUGUCAACCACAGAAACUCCUGUGAAAAGGGCAUCCCUGCUAGGUGACAUGCACUUCCGGAGCCUCCGCACCAAACUACUGCUCAUGUCCCGCAAUGAAGAGGCCACCAAGCAUCUAGAGACAACCAAGCAGCUAGCAGCAGCAUUCCAGGAAGAAUUUACAGUACGGGAGGACCUAAUGGGACUAGCAAUUGGGACUCAUGGUGCCAAUAUCCAGCAGGCCCGAAAAGUGCCUGGGGUGAUAGCCAUUGAACUGGGACAGGAGACUUGUACCUUUCGUAUCUAUGGGGAGACCCCUGAGGCAUGCAGGCAGGCCCGAGGCUACCUUGAGUUCUCUGAAGACUCUGUUCAAGUGCCCAGGAACCUGGUUGGCAAAGUGAUUGGGAAGAAUGGGAAGGUGAUUCAGGAGAUUGUAGAUAAAUCUGGUGUGGUAAGAGUUAGAGUGGAGGGUGAUAAUGACAAGAGAAAUCCCAGGGAAGAGGGAAUGGUUCCUUUCAUAUUUGUUGGCACCCUGGAGAAUAUCAGCAAUGCUCAGGCUCUGCUGGAAUAUCACCUCUCUUACUUGCAGGAAGUAGAACAGCUUAGACUAGAAAGGCUACAGAUUGAUGAACAGCUUCGACAGAUUGGACUGGGCUUCCGUGCUCCUGGAAGUGGGCGAGGGAGCAGUGGUGGUGAUAAGACUGGCUAUGCUACGGAUGAAAGCUCUUCUUCUUCCCUCCAUGCCACCAGAACCUAUGGGGGUCGUGGCCGUGGUCGGAAGACAGGAAGUUCUGGCUAUGGCCCUGGUUCAGAUCUGUCCACUGCUUCUGAAACUGAGUCUGAGAAACGAGAAGAGACUGACAGGUCUGGACAUAAUGACCAAGAUGCCUCUGGCCGGGGUGAAGAGGGUCGUAGGAGGCCAAUGGGGGGUCGAGGUCGAGGGUCCAGUCUUACACCCCGACUUCCCACGAAGUACAGCACAUCUUCUACCAGCUCUGUGCUGAAGGAUCCUGAGAAUAAGCCCCACAGCCUACUGGACAUAUCAGAACCAGAGCCUCCAGUUGACUCUGAGCCUGGAGAGCCUCCCCAAGCUAGUGCCCGGCGCCGCCGUUCCCGCAGGCGCCGCACAGACGAGGACCGGACCGUCAUAGAUGGAGGACUGGAGUCUGAUGGGCCUAACCUGCCUGAAAAUGGCCUGGAGGAGGAAUCAAAACCCCAACGACGCAACCGAAGCCGUAGAGGACGUAACCGUGGUAACCGGGCAGAUGGCUCCACCAGCAGAGCCGGGCAGCCAGUGACAGUGGCUGAUUACAUCUCCCGAGCAGAAUCUCAAAGCCGACAGAGGCAGCCUCCUGAGCCCACUCGUGUUCCUUCUGAAGACUCCCUCUCAGCACCAAGGGGUGUCAGCACUCUUCCUAGGGGCCCCUCGGAAAGUGGGGAGCCCUCUGCCUCCUUGGAACUGGGCAACUUGGUGAAUGGGGUCUCGUAAAAGUCCCUCCACCCCUUCCUGUCCCUCUCCCCCUCCCCAUCUUGCUUGCUACCCAACGAGCCCUUCCUGACCCACAUCACAGCUGCUCUUGUCUAAGGGGGGAGGGAACAGUGGCUACACUGUGGGUUCUUCCCCACCCCCCAGGGGCUUGGGGUGGGGUGGGGUGCUUUUUACAGGGUUACCCUUCCCUUUUCUUCCUCUGUCUACCUUACCCCAUGCCUCCCCCCAUCAGACUGGAUGUGCCUUUUAUCCUCUAAUGCCCCAAUCUUUCCCUGGCCCCCUAAUUCUCUCCCUGGCCUGUUUGUGGGUAGGGUCCUCCUGUACCCACCCAAAUUUGAUGGUUUUGGGGGGUUCCCUUGGCACCCCUUCCUCUCAUCCUAUCCCCUCCCCUCUCUGGGCCUCAUCACUAUGAAAAAUGGGGGUGGUGUCAUUGGGUGGGAAUCAUGGGGAGGGGGGUUUGAAGUAGGGGUAGGGACCUAUUAAGGGUCUCUGGAGGUGGGAGGUAGGGGGACAGACUUUGUCUGGC